AAAAGGAAAUGCCAGGCUGUAGCUUGGUUGAAGUAGACGGAACUGUUCAUGAAUUCUCUGUGACAGGAUCACCUGAGGUUGUGAUAGAGGAACUGGAAUGGGUCUUGAAUGAAAUAAAGAAUCUGAUGAAGAAUGAAGGUAUUGUGCAGUAUAUUAGGGACUUCGCAAUGGAGGCUCAGAUGUCAUGAUCAUGUAGAGAUCUGUUCGACUUUAAAGCAGAUAGGUCCUUUUGUGGGGGCAUGGAGUAAAUGGGGACACAAUCCACAGAUAAUUCUACUAAUGGAGGUCAGUCAUUCAUUUUAUCAUCUUCAUCAAUCAAUUGGGUUAGCACUUAUCACCAUGAUGAACCUGAAGGAGCUUUUCUCCAUUUCCAUUCCUCUAACGGCAGCAACUUUAACACUAAUUUUAGGCAUAUGCAUUCACAGAUUCUAUGCCAUAAUAUCAGGUGCUGAGAAGAGAAAAAGAUAUCAUCCAGUUGGCUGCACUGUCUUCCACCUAGCAUUCAAUUUUCAUAGGCUCCACGAUGCCAUGGCUGACCUUGCACUCAAACACACAACUUUCAGAUUGAUUAGUUUCUUCAGAAGUGACGUUUACACUGCACACCCUCCAAAUAUUGAGUACAUCCUCAAAACCAAUUUUGGAAACUAUGGUAAGGGUUCCUACAAUUACGACAUUUUGACGGAUCUCUUGGGUGAUGGGAUCUUCACUGUGGAUGGAGAAAAGUGGCGACGUCAAAGGAAAAUAGCAAGCUAUGAAUUCUCCACCAAGAUACUGAGGGACUUCAGCAGUGUUGUCUUUAAAGCCACUGCAGUAAAGCUGGCUGGAAUUGUAUCAAGAGCAGCUGAAUCAAAUCGAUCUAUAGAAAUUCAAGAACUUCUGAUGAAAUCAACCUUAGACUCUGUGUUUAAAAUCCUAUUGGGUAUAGACUUAGACUGUAUGUGUGGAACAUUUGAAGAAGGUGCUGGAUUCUCUGAUGCUUUUGAUAAAGCAAGUGCAAUUGUAGUAUACCGAUAUGUUGAUAUAUUCUGGAAGAUUAAGCGGUUCUUGAACGUUGGAUCAGAGGCUGUUUUAAGAAAGAGUAUCAAAGUGAUUGAUGAAUUUGUAUACAAAUUGAUUAGAAGCAAAAUUGAGCAACUCAACAAUUCACAUGCCGAUUUUCGACCUGUGAAGAAAGAAGAUAUUGUGUCAAGGUUUCUGGACUUGAAAGAGACGGAUCCAAAAUACUUAAGAGACAUAGUUCUAAGUUUUGUGACUGCUGGCAAAGACACAACAGCUUCAACUCUUUCAUGGUUUUUGUACAUGCUCUGCAAGCACCCUCAUAUACAGGAGAGGAUUGCAAAGGAAGUGAUACAAGCAACCCAAAUGACUGAUGAUUCAAGCACUGAAGAACUUGCAGCCGGCAUAACCGAAGAAACCAUUGAGAAGAUGCAUUAUCUCCAUGCAGUUUUGACUGAGACUCUCAGGCUUUAUCCUGCAGCUCCUGUGGAUGGGAAGAUUUGUUUUUCAGAUGAUACUUUGCCUGAUGGUUUCAGUGUGAAGAAAGGAGACCUGGUGGCAUAUAUACCUUAUGCAAUGGGCAGGAUGAAAUCUUUAUGGGGUGAUGAUGCCGAGGAGUUUUGGCCAGAGAGAUGGCUCAAUGAAAAUGGCCAUUUUCAGGCAGCAAGCCCUUUUAUUUUCACAACCUUCCAGGCUGGUCCAAGAGUCUGUCUAGGAAAGGAAUUUGCUUACAGGCAGAUGAAGAUCUUCAGUAUGAUCCUUUUAGGAAGCUACAAAUUCAAGCUGAGUGAUGAAAAGAAAAGGGUCAACUAUAGAUCAGCCAUGACUCUGCAAAUUGAAGGUGGCCUCCAUCUAUGUGCCUCCCCAAGAUUGAGCUCUGGAAAAUAAGUAAAGUUGGCAGUAAAUUGUCAUAGAUGUCCCCUAUUAACAAAUGUUUUUAUAUAAAAGCUAUAAGCCUUCAAAGAAUACAGAAUUUUGGAGUAUGGUUUAAAUUUUCGAAUAUUUUCAGAUAUAUAUCCAUGUAGUUAUAUAUCUAAUUUCCCCUAAGUUGUUUGAAUGAGAAGAAAGACAGCAGAGCUCUGCCGACUUUCAUUUCCGUA